ACCAAGCAAUGGCUGCAGUCAUUGUGAUUGUCCCAAUAUUGACUUCUUUCUCUCCCCCUCCGCCUACUUCUUCUCCGACCUUCAAGUGGCGGCUCAGGAGACUUGCUUUCCCAUCGUGCAAUCCUGGUCGGAAACACAAAGGAUAACUACUGGUCGAGGUGGAACAUUUUUUCUCCGCGGAUUUUUUUUUCUUUGAGCGCGUCUUGUUUUUCCUCGAUUUCAUUGACUUAAACCGAAGCCUCGACGACGUGUCCAGCAUUAGCUACCUUACGGACUCAAACAUCAGUCAAGCUCUCGGCACUCGUUGAAGUUUUGCGGCCUACUUUAGCCUAGCCUAGCCUAGCUGGCCAACCACUAACAAAGCUGCAAGGCACGUCGUCAAGCGUACUCAGUUCUAGUGAGGAAAAUGUCCGCAAAAACGACAACGGCUGCAGUAAAGUUCCAGGAGGAACUUUGUGGAGUCAAAGAGGAGUCCCCACGUCACCAACACUUAACUGUGCGCAAAAUAGUGCACGCAAAGGUUGUUCUUCACAGACUAGAAGAUCUAUAUGUCAGCCAAGCCCAUCGUCAUGAGCCCCAGGUUUCUGCAUUCAUCAAAGAGGAGGAAGAGGAAGAGUCACCAUACAUCAAGGAAGAGGAGGACUUCGUACCCAUUAAAGGUUUCAGCAAAUAUCUUGGUCCAAAGUGGCAGGAGUCUGAGUCUCCUGUAGUUAAAGAGGAAGUGGAGCACCCACACAUGAAACAGGAAGAGCCAGAGCACCCUCAACAGCAAAAUAGAGAACUGCAACUUCCACUCAAAAAGUCGGAGGUAGAGCUUCCAUACGUUAAAGAGGAGGACGAUGUCACCAUAUUGACUGGUGAGCCCUUGAAGAGUGAGAAUGGUCCGAGCGAGGCCAGCAGAGGGAUGGAGCCUCCAAGUGGCAGCAGCAACUCAACAGGAUCGCAAGCACACAUUUUAAUUUCACCAUCAGAUAGAAAUGGCGUCAUGUCACACUCGCCUUACAAAGAAGAUUGUCGUAAGAAAUCUCACUGUGACGACAAACUCAUCAAAUGCUCCCACUGUGGGAAAACCUUUACUUCUAAGCAAACUUGUCGUACCCAUAUGAGGAGGCACACUGACGAAAGACCUUUUGUCUGCUCAGUAUGUGGUCAAGGAUUCAGUCAAAAGAGUGCCUUUAAAGUGCACACAAAAACCCACACUGGUGAAAAACCCUUUUCCUGCUCAGUUUGUGGUAAAGAAUUCCCUUGGAAGAGCCGCUUAAGCGCACACUCCAGAACCCACACUGGCGAAAAACCUUUUUGCUGCUCAGUUUGUGGCCAAAGAUUCAGUCAAAAGCACAACUUCAACACACACUCCAGAACCCACACUGGCGAAAAACCUUUUUGCUGCUCAGUUUGUGGCCAAAGAUUCAGUCAAGAGAGGGCCUUUAAAGUACACACAAAAACCCACACUGGUGAAAAACCCUUUUCCUGCUCAGUUUGUGGUAAAAAAUUCCCUUGGAAGAGCCGCUUAAGCACACACUCAAGAACACACACUGGCGAAAAACCUUUUUGCUGCUCAGUUUGUGGUCAAAGAUUCAGUCAAAAGAGCAACUUCAAAGCACACUCCAGAACCCACACUGUCGAAAAACCUUUUUGCUGCUCAGUUUGUGGCCAAAGAUUCAUUCAAAAGAGCUCCUUCGACACACACUCCAGAACCCACACUGGGGAAAAAGCUUUUUCCUGCUCAGUGUGUGGUAAAAAAAUCAGCCACAAGAGCUACUUAAACACACACUCAAGAAACCACACUGGCGAAAAGCCUUUUUCCUGCUUAGUUUGUGGUCAGAGAUUCUGUACAAACAGCGCCUUAAGCAAACACACAAGAACCCACACUGGCGAAAAAGCUUUUGUCUGCUCAGUUUGUGGUAAAAAAUUCGCUUGUAAGAGGUACUUAAGCGCACACACAAGAAUCCACACUGGCGAAAAAGCUUUUUCCUGCUCAGUUUGUGGCCAAAGAUUCAGUCACAAGAACGCCUUAGAAAUACACACAAGAACCCACACCGGCGAAAAAGCCUUUUCCUGCUCAGUGUGUGGUAAAAAAUUAAGUCAAAAGAGCCAGUUAAGUGCACACUCAAGAACCCACACUGGCGAAAAGCCUUUUUCAUGCUCAGUUUGUGGUCAAAGAUUCCAUACAAAGAGCAACGUAAACAUACACAUAAGAACACACACUGGUGAAAAAGCUUUUUCAUGCUCAGUGUGUGGUAAAAAAUUCACUCAAAAGGUCCACUUAAACGCACACUCAAGGACCCACACUGGCAAAAAACCCUUUUCCUGCUCAUUUUGUGGUCAAGGGUUCGCUGAAAAGCAACACUUAAUGUUACACAUAAGAAACCACGCUGAUGAAAAACCUUUUUCCUGCUCAUUUGUGGUCAAAGAUUCAGCCGAAAGAGCAACGUAAACACACACACAAGAACCCAUACGGGCGAAAAAGCUUUUUCCUGCUCAUUUGUGGUCAAAGAUUCAGUCAAAAGAGCAACGUAAACACACACAAGAAUCCACACUGGCGAAAAACCUUUUUCCUACUCAAUUUGUGGUCAAGGAUUCACUUGGAAGGAUCCGAUGAAGAAACACGUGUGUGGUGGCCAAUGACUGUUUUGUCUGUCAUCAAUGAUUGCUACAUCAGAUUUUGCAAGCAGGACGAUUGUGUUGUGUAGAGCGUCCUCAAAUCCAGUUGAAAACUGCUACUUUUGGUGCCUUACGUGUGCUUUGUCCUAUCCUUGUAUCCUUGCAUCCACACUAUUGCCAGAAGUAUUGUCUCACCUGAUUACCUCUCAAGUGAAGCAAUAGAGCAACAAGUUCUGUAACAUUUGACAAUAAUCAUCAUAAUAAUUCCUGUCGUACGUUGUUGCCAAAGAAGUCGUCCUUCUGUCGUCUGAGUCUGCCUCCUUUGCUUUUUCUGGACGAAUGGAACAAGUGAUCUAAUUUGAGAGCACACACCUAGUCGGUAUACUUCUGCCAGCUUUCUGAUUGGUUGGCUUUGUGGCACAUUUGCAAUGUGUGUGCCAAACUGAUUGCGCAGAUAGAGAAAAAUCGGUGCUUGCACGGGUCGACAGAUUGAGCGGUAGGGGGGAAUUGAGCGGGUAAAAUUAACAUUCAAACAAUUAUGGAGCACAGAGUACAUUUUUUUUGCUCAAUAUUGUUUCCUGUAUUCCAAUUCUGUUAUUGCUUGCUCAAAAUCUUUAAUUUCUCACUCAGAGUAGUGGCACAAAUACACACCACAAAUGGCAAACUACUACAGGAAGCAUCAGGCUUGCCAUUUUUGAAAAUAAUUUUAGUUUUUAUCCUGCAUGUGAGAAUAUGCAAUAUUGCUUUAGCCUUUUAUGGUGUUUACUGAGUAUAUCUACAUUCUAAAUAUAACUCGUAGCAUUAGCUUUACCAUGGGGAGCAUCCUCUUAAACUCUCAAUUGUUAACAUCUCGUGACGUCCAGGUGGGUUUAAUUAUUUGAAAAUAAUGUUCUGUUCUCGCUGAGCGUGUAUAAUCAUAAAAGGAAGUCCUGCGGUAGUGUGUAUAUACGUAUAUACUGUAUAUCGGCCUCAAAUAUCGGCUUACAGAAGCUGCUUAGGAUAUGUGAUAUACCAUCUUUUCAAUUAGUUUUCACAUCCUAAUGUAUAUGUUUGUGUAGAAAACCCCCGUGAAUGACUUUGUUCUUAACUGUCCUACACCCUUUCAGUUGCAGCUCACAUGGUACAUUCCAUUACUAUUCAUAGCGCGUUUGCUCAUAUAGAAAUGCAAAGUUAUGCAGUUCGUGCAGCUAAUAGGCAACCUAAUGGCACGAGUUGACUAAAGCACCUAUGUUUUCAUAUCCCCAAGUACCUUCAUUUGGCCAAAAGAUUGCAGCAUUGUUUCAUGUACGAAUAAUUGCCAGACUGAUGCUAUGAUUUGU